UUCAAACUAGCCCAAGUCACGUUUAACACAUGCCUAAAGGGGACGCUUUGGGCCAGCACAUUUAGAAGCCUGAAACACAUCUGUGGCAACAUCACAGCUGUAUUUGAGUGUGUGUCUUUUGAGAGAGAGCGAUUCAGGCCAGUCUGACUGGAGCUCCUCAGGAUCUGACUGCAGCUCUGGGACUCUGCCACAGACAUGCACUGAGACCAGACCUGCUCCAAACUGGAUGGAUCAGAGACUACAGCAGUAAUCGUCUCCACCAAAGUUGGAUGUUUUGCUCUGAGGCUUUGCAGGGAAGUGCCACUGACUUGUGCAAGGUUGCAAUUACCAGACCGGAAUAAUGUCCAUGGACUGGCGUGGAGGUGAAAGGCUGCUUAUAGGCUUAUUUGUGAUGCUUAUUCUGAGGCUCAGCUGCUGUGCUGGACAGAGCUAUGAACGCUGGGAGGCCGGGUCCUCAUGCUAUGGAGGGUUUGACCUCUACUUUGUGCUGGACAAGUCUGGAAGUGUACAGCACCAUUGGAAUGAGAUCUACUAUUUUGUUGAUCACCUUGCACACAAGUUCAUCAGCCCUCAGCUCCGCAUGUCCUUCAUUGUCUUUUCAACGGAGGGAAGAAUCUUGAUGAAGCUGACAGAAGACAGGGAUCAGAUUCGUGCUGGACUGGAGGAACUUCAGAGAGUCUUGCCAGGUGGAGAUACCUUCAUGCACAAAGGUUUUCAGAGGGCAAGCGAGCAGAUAUACUACGGAACAGGUGACGGAUACCGCACAGCGAGUGUCAUCAUUGCACUGACAGAUGGAGAAUUGCGCGAGAAUGAAUUUGACUUGGCAGCCAGAGAGGCUGGUCGCUCACGUCAACUGGGAGCUUCUGUGUACUGUGUUGGAGUGAAGGACUUUAAUGAAACCCAGCUGGCAACAAUAGCUGACAGCAAAGAUCACGUCUUUCCUGUUAAUGAUGGCUUUGAAGCCCUGCAAGGGGUCAUUGAUUCGAUCCUAAAGAGAUCCUGUAUAGAAAUCCUCGCCGUGGAGCCCUCAAGUAUUUGUGCAGGAGAAUCUUUUGAGGUGGUAGUUCGAGGGAACGGAUUCCUUCACGCCCGUGAUGUGAACAGAAUCCUUUGCAGCUUCCGUAUCAACAACACCCUCACCGUGAUGAAGAGACCUCUGGUUGUCGAAGACACAUACCUGCUCUGCCCAGCACCGGUACUGAAGGAGGAGGGAACGACUGCCUCCCUCCAUGUCAGUAUGAACAACGGCCUGAGUUUUAUCUCCAGUUCUGUGACCAUCACCACUGUCAGCUGUGUGAGUACAGUAACCCUGCAGGGCAGCAGUGCCAAGCCCACUACCACUGUUACACUGGGCAGAGCCACUGCCAGUACCACUACACUGGGCAGUACCUCUAGUUCAGCUCCAUCUUCAGUCUGCCCUCUGAACACAACCGACGGAACGUUCUUGGCCAUAGCGCUGCUGAUACUGCUGCUGCUGAUCGCUAUGGCGACACUCUGGUGGUUUUGGCCCCUCUGUUGCACAGUGAUUGUCCAUGAGCCGCCGCCGCCACCAGUCAUGGAUGACAGUUCGGAUGAAGAGGAUGAAGCCUACCCAAAGAAGAAAUGGCCGACAGUGGACGCCUCGUAUUACGGUGGGAGAGGAGUUGGCGGCAUUAAAAGGAUGGAAGUGCGCUGGGGAGAUAGGGGAUCCACUGAAGAAGGAGCCAAACUGGAGAAGGCAAAGAAUGCUCGGGUGAAGAUGCCAGAGCAAGAGUUUGAGUUUCCGACCACUCGGACCCUAAACAAUGGCAUGAGGAAACCCAUCUCCCCUCAGAAGUGGUACUCACCAAUCAAGGGGAAACUGGAUGCCCUGUGGGUGUGGCUCAGGAGAGGAUAUGACCGCGUAUCUGUGAUGAGGCCUCAGCCGGGAGAGAAGGGUCGCUGCAUGAAAUUUACCCAUGUGAAAUCCUGCCCGCCCCCUCGAUACCCGCUUUACAACAACCCAUCGAGCCACAUCUACAGCCUCCCCCACAGCAGAUGCCCUCCUGUCCCGCAGGGCACCCUGCCGCCCACCCCGCGCUGCUCCACCCACUCUCCAACCUCCACCCCCCCUCUGCCGUCAACCCCGCCCCCAACAUCCAUAACCCCUCCCCCUUACACACCACCUCCAACCAGAGCUCUUCCUCCUACCUGUCUGAACAUCAAUGUGACUCUGCCUCCUUCUCCACCUACUCCGCCGCCACCAACAAGCUUCCUGCCGCCCUCGUCACCCAGCACCUUGCCUCCGCCCCCUCAGGCGGCUCCGCCCGGACGAGCCCCGCCCCCUUCUCGUCCACCGCCUCGCCCAGGCCCUGAUGAACCGCAGUGCUACCAGGACUGAGUAGAUCUAAGUGAUUUGCACAAGAAAAACUGCUGGUUACGCCGGCACAAAAAUUAAACGCUACAUUUUUCAGGCAUUAGAAAGGAGCAACAUGAUUGUUAUAAAUAACAAUGGUUGCAAAUGGGAUGUAAUGUGGCAGUGACUGUAUUAUUGCAUACUGGAUUCUGAUUAGGUUGACGUUUAUUUUCUAAGACUGCGCAUCUAUGAAGUAGCUCGAGGUUUGUUGACUUUCAAUGUCACCUUGCCAUGUUCUUUAUGGAUGUUUUUGAGGUUUCAAAUGAACAGAAUGUCAAAGAGAGUCAGAUGAAAGAGAUUAUAAAUUAUAAGCAUUUGAAGUUUUUAAAAUGAAAAAUUUUAGAUGUAAUUAAUUUGCAUAGAAAAUUUCCAUCCAUUUGGAUUACACAGUUCACACGAACAAACAAAUAAACUUAAUGCGAUGCAUAUUCGUCAGUCACGCAAAAACAGGUAGGAUUUUUGCGAUAGUACUAAUAAACUGAAAAUAAACUGAGUUUACACAAUAGCCAGGUUUAUAUAUUUAUCAUCAAUAAAUCAAUCUCAGACGGUUUAAUUAUUCGAAUAUUGCUUGUUGCACAGCUAGCCUAAUAGAUUCUAAACAAAUUUAAUAAAUGCAUUCUGAAUUAGGAUUAUUUAAAUAAAAUCAAAAGGAUGCAAAUAAUAAACUAUGCCAUUAUUUUAAAACUGUGUAACGCCAUGCUAUUUUAUUGACAUUUUAAAUAAACCGAUUUUUAAUUUAGGCCUUUUUUAGGGUGGAAACUGACAUUGGACCAUUAAAUAAUUGAAGACUAAUGUGUUUUAAUAUUCAACAAUUCAGCUAUCUGUUGACAGUUAUUCUAUGCUAAAAAGUAGCCAUAUUUUAAUACCUAAUGGCUUCAUUGUUCAUAAAAAAUUAUUCUGUAAAUUAUUCACAUUGUAUCAUUAUUAGCAUUGUAGCUUUGCACAUAUAUUACAAAGGUUUAAAUGAGACGCAUCAGUAUUAUAGAUCCUUUAGUACUUGAGAGAUCAGGUUCGGCUUUGAUGCUUUUUGAAUAUGUCGGAAAACGUCUGCAGGAUAAAACAUUCAAGUGACUGCAAGAAUGGAAGGAAACAAUGGCAAAACUGAUCAAAUAGUUCAUUCGCUCUGUAGUCCUAAAACCCAGAAGAGAAUUAGCACGUCCAUAAAUUCCCCAGGGAAUUUCCAGUGGGAGUUCAGAAAAGUGGUUUUGGAUUUGAGUAAAAUAAAGUCUGUUAACAUUUGAAGAGACUUUCACAUUCUCCAAAAUACAGUGCACACAUAUCGACUACGAGCAUGCAAGUCGAUGUGCUUGUUGGAGAAUCAGGCAAUUGUGGUAGUCCUUCUAUAGGAACGUUUCUUCAAGUUAAGUUAACCACGGACCAUAUGUCACUUAUAAACUGAAAACAGCUACACAUACAACCCAUUAGAAAGUUACAAAUUGAUAUCAUGACUGAACAGCUCUAUUCCAAAGGAAACUGCAUGACUGAGCUGAAAAUGAAUGCGGUUCAGUGUUAUGAUCUGGCUGAAGGUUUGCGGAACGAUGUAGGCUUUUGUUUUGUACUGUAUAUAUGGAUGCUUUCUAAACAGCUGUGCUAAAAACAGAUCAGUAUUCAUGAGUAAAAAUUCAUGAGGUGCUUUAUGACUUUUAAUUUCAAAUGUCUUUUGUUCUGUUGUUUGCAAGUGAUACAUUUAAAGGGAUAGUUCGGUGUUAUUUACUGACCCUCAUGUCACUCCAAACCCAUUUGACACGGUUUUUUCUGCAGAACACAAAAUGAUUCAAACACAUUUUAUAUAUUUUCCUGUAUAUGUUCUAAAGAAACUCAUACAGGUUUGAAAUGGCAUGACAGUAAGUAAAGUAUCACAGAAUUUGUAAUAAUGCUGCAAACUAUUCAUUUAAGCAUACAGCAGUUCUAUGUUUGUUUGUUUUUUUGCUACAUUUAACUAUUCUGUCUCUUCUUUUACCUUUUUACCUUCUUUUACAGUGAAUUUUAUUUCUCAUUCUUGGUUGAAAAGCUUGUGCUUGAGCUGUUACAGAUGUUCAGAGUGUGUCAGGCGAUUCCUUUUUAACGAAGAGCAUGU